CAGAGAGGAGCUGAGAUGAGCCCACUACAGCCAUUCAAGAUGUCUACAAUUGAAGGGACGUCUCUCCUGUGUGUCCAGGACUGCAGGAUGUCAGACAGUGGCCCUUGGCUGCCAGGAGUAAAAGUCCCUCGGAAUUUCCGACUGUUGGAAGAGCUGGAAGAAGGACAGAAAGGUGUAGGUGACGGCACAGUUAGCUGGGGCCUGGAGGACGACGAGGACAUGACACUUACAAGAUGGACAGGCAUGAUAAUUGGGCCUCCACGAACAAUCUAUGAAAACCGGAUAUACAGCCUUAAGAUAGAGUGUGGGCCCAAGUACCCAGAGGCUCCCCCGUCUGUGAGAUUCGUAACAAGAGUCAAUAUGAGUGGCGUGAGCAGUUCGAAUGGAGUGGUGGAUCCAAGAGCCACGGCAGUGCUGGCAAAGUGGCAGAACUCCCACAGCAUCAAAGUCAUCCUGCAGGAACUGCGGCGCCUGAUGAUGUCAAAAGAGAACAUGAAGCUGCCACAGCCACCAGAAGGACAGUGUUACAGCAAUUAGUCACCAAGGCCCCGGCCUCCCCUCCCCAUCCAACCCAAGUCU